CGUGUUACAAAUGGGCGGAUUCGAUACAAACGACUGCAACGCUUGUUAGAAAUGUCCAAUUUAGCGUUUGGAUAGAAACCUCACAGGAAGAGGUCUUGAAGACGGAUGUAACCCAAUGACAAUGUCGCGACUGGUAACGAACGGUUUGCCCAGUCAUUUGUGAUUUGACAAAUGUUUCUCCCAACAUUGUGACAGGCUAGUUGUAUUUUCUUUCCUCUUCUACCUUCAACGAUUUGGACCAGUAGCCUAAUUACCGGGCAGAAACCAAGACAUGGGGACUCAGGGCACAGGACGUAAAAGAAAUCCCAUUAAGGACAGGUCGACGGCCGAGGAUGAUACCCUUAAUCUCAUUGCAAGAGAGGCAGAGGCCAGGCUUGCUCUGAAGAGGGCGGCCAGGGCAGAGGCCAGAGAAAUCCGUAUGAAGGAACUGGAGAGACAACAGGAGGAGAUCUCAGACGAUGAUGAGCAGAUGUCGGUGGGCAGCCGAGGCAGUGUGGGGGUGGAGGACAGAGAUUUCCUGGAAAAGGGAUCUCAAUCUGCUUCCACCCUAACGGCAGCUACCCUCGCUUCACUCAGCGGGUCUUCCUCCCGGAGAGGAAGUGGCGAAUUGUCGAUGACUGGCGACACAGAGACCUCCAUACUAGAGAUAAAGGUAAGAAAGCCAUGGGUGUUCUAGCACCCUCUCACGUCC